ACUGAUCAGUGUGUGUGGACCCAUAUCACCAAUCUAUGAAGGUUAUGCCCUGCCACACGCCAUUUUGCGUUUGGAUUUGGCUGGUCGCGAUUUAACUGAUUACUUAAUGAAAAUCUUGACUGAACGUGGUUAUUCAUUCACAACCACAGCCGAACGUGAAAUUGUACGUGACAUUAAAGAAAAAUUGUGCUAUGUUGCACUCGAUUUCGAACAAGAAAUGGCAACAGCUGCCUCCAGCUCAUCAUUGGAGAAGUCCUAUGAAUUACCCGAUGGACAAGUCAUCACCAUUGGUAAUGAACGUUUCCGUUGCCCAGAAGCCCUAUUCCAACCAUCAUUCUUGGGUAUGGAAGCUUGCGGUAUUCAUGAAACCACUUACAAUCCCAUCCUCGUCGCCAACUGUUAAUUUGUGUUUUUACAA